AUGGCCACCCCAGGCAAAACCCUCUUCGCAAUCCCCAUCCCCCCUCUAAACCAACACCCCGGCGGGACCGUCACCGUCACCCUCCCCGCCCCGGCAGUGUACCUGUUAACCAUCACCUCCCCCCCAGACAACCGCCUCACCACCGCUUCCUGCACCGCCAUCCUUGACGCGUUGGACCUGAUCGAAUUCGGUGGUUACACCCCCGGCGUCGUCAUCACAACUUCCGGCCUCCCCAAGUUCUUCUCCAACGGCCUCGACCUCGAGCACGCGCUUGGAACAGAAGGGUUCCUGCCCGGGGUGCUGUACAGACUUUUCAACCGGUACCUCACCUACCCCAUGCCCACCAUCGCCCUCCUCCCGGGCCACGCCUUCGCUGGAGGGCUAAUGCUGGCUAUGCACAACGACUAUCGGGUCAUGAAUCCCGCCAAAGGGUUCGCGUGUGUGAAUGAGUUGGAGUUUGGGGUUCCGCUCAAGGCUGCCAUGUCCUCUAUCUUCAGACUUAAGCUCCCUCCUGCGACCUAUAGGGAUUUGGUUCUUGAGGCGAAACGUUUCUCCGGGGAAGAGGGGGUCAAGGCAGGGUUGGUGGAUAGAACGGGCGGGUUGGAUCAGGCGCUGGAGUUGAUAAAGGAGAGGAAGCUGACCAACAAGGCCAAGACGGGGAUUUAUGGGUUGCUAAAGGCCGAGAUGUACAGGGAGUCGGUUGGGUUUUUGACGCAGGCGGGGUACGAUAAAGAGGAGGAGAAGGACAGGUUGAUGAUUGAGGGGGAGGAUAAGCGGAAGGACGGGGCCGAGGGGAAGUUGGGGUCUAUCAAGCAGAAGGCCAAGUUGUGA